CGGCAUUUUCUUUAAAACAAUCCAAAGUUGCAAGGAAAUGGCUGGCUAACUACUAGAAAGAUACUGCGCUAGCCCCAGCUAAUAUACACUGGUACAGUGAUACCUGAUUUAGACUUUGAACACCUUUUCAAUGUUUGAUUUUUCUGUGAUAUCCUAUAUGUUGAAGUAUGCAGGUUGCAACAUUAGUUCACACGUUAAAUAAUACCUCUGUAGUUGUUAAAGCCUCAAUCGCUGCUCUUAUAUUUUUUUAUCUAAUUGGUUUGAUACCUGGCGCGUACUCAGUACUAUCAAUUACACCAUCAUUACUGCUUCCACCAAAUUUUCGUAUUUGGACAUUGGUUACUGGUUUAGUUGUUGAGAGAAGUAUAGUUAAUCUCAUAAUAAAUGUUCCUGUGUUGAUAUAUUGUGGAUUUCAUUUGGAACCUCUUUGGGGAGCACUGGAGUUAUUGAAAUUUAUAACGAUUACUGGUAUUGGUGCUUCAUUGACCACAUCAUUGGUGUCACUGUUUGUGUAUGCAGUCACACAUAAUUCUUCGUUAUGGUUUGUACAGUUCUCUGGCAUAGCUGGUGUGAUUGGUGGAAUCUCAGUUGCAUUCAAGCAGAUAAUACCAGAUCAAAAAAUUGAUUUAAAAUUCCAAGUUCUGCGUGUACAUGAUGUACCUCUGUUGUGCACGUUAAUAUAUAUCUUUCUGUCAGUGAUUCGGCUGUUGUCUUACACCCAACCAACCAUGAUUAUGUGUGGCAUAGGCGUGGGAUGGAUCUAUCUGAGGUACUAUCAACCGCAUGGCAAAGGUAUUCGUGGUGAUAUGGCUGAAUCUUUUGAGGCUGCAAGUCUGUUUCCACCCAUACUGAGGCCUCCAGUUCGUGUCUUGUCUACAGCGUUAUUUAAAGUACUGGUGAGUUUUGGCGUAUGUAAAAAUCCUGUCCGGACAUAUGAUGUCGGUGCUCCAUCAUCUAUCACUAUUAGCUUACCUGGAACAGAUCCUGCUGAUGCCGAACGAAGAAGAAAAAAAGCUUUGCGUGCUUUGAACGAGCGUUUGGCGCAACAAAAAUCUCAACCUAACGACGAAGAAGAAAAUUGGCCAACCAUUGAAGACGAGUUACAAAAGAGUGCGAAGAAAAACGAAGAAAAAAAAGACCAGAGUAUAACAAGUAAUGAUUCUGAAAGUACUGUAGAGAAUGAAAUCAAUUAAUAUUUAUUAUUGUUUACAUAUUUAACAAAUGACCAACUAGAAGUAACAGCAGCCGGCAAAUACCACAUCAACGGUGUAGAGUUGUGGAUAAUAUGGCAUGGUUACUGCUUCAUAAAGUAUACGCUCCCGCCGUGUUUCAUACACCUCUGUAAAUCAACUGUCAUCUGCAUGAUUGGUAUACAAACUCUUUUGAAAUGAUUGGCUGAGCAUUUUUGCAUUGGUAAUUUCUUUUUUUCUUAUCUUAACCUUGUUUUGUUUCUUGAAAUAUUCCAGUACUUUUUUAAAGAAUUAUUUUCGCAAAUUUUUUUAAUUUCGCGAAAAUUAGUUCCUUUAAAAAUUUUAAAUUUUGCUAUUCGCGAAUUUUUUUUUCUUUUUCUGAAAUGCCAUUCACACUAUUUUUUUCUUCUGUCGUUUGAAGCACUUACAGAUUAUAAAUUUCAACUUUAGUAGUCUUUAUAUGUCUCCAUCGAAAAAAGUCUUUAAAGGCUGUAUAAUAUCUGGCGAAAUUUUAAAUAUUAACUAGAGUUUCUGCGUAUUUCCUCUGUAAGCUGUUGUAAUGCUUUAUCUAUGUAUCUAAGAGUAUAACGUCAAGAUGGAGACAGACGAGACCAUUAUUAGUUGCAUCUUAUAAAACGAAUAUUGUCAGAAGUUGAAAAUCUUUAAUAAUCUUUUGUGCACAAGAAUAUAUUACAGCAUCGAUGUAUUUAUACGAAUAUAUGACAGCGUUUUUGUUAAUCUGUAUUUUGUUAUGUUCAAUAAUAUUGUACAUUGGA